AUGAACCCAGAGGUGGUAAAACCGUCUUUCAUAUCAACUUUCCAGGUACAAAUUCUUGAUAAGAAGCUGGACUUUACUAAUGUGCAGUCCCGAUGUGGCUCCAAAGAUAAUAUAAAACAUGUACCCGGUGGUGGCAAUGUUCAGAUUGUGCACAAAAAGAUCGAUUUGACCAACGUUCAGUCGAAAUGUGGAUCGAAAGAUAACAUCCGUCAUAAGCCAGGUGGCGGAAAUAUCGAGAUCAAAAAUGAGAAGCUGGAGUUUAAAGUUCAGUCGAAGAUCGGCUCCCUUGACAACAUCGGUCACGUCCCCGGAGGCGGACAGAAACGGGUAAAAACACCUCAACCAAACUCCAUGUUAAAAUCAGCAGAUUAA